CCUACACCGUCCACCCGGGUCUCCCCCAGCUUUGGUUCCUCACGGCGCUGCUACACCUCCGGGUGAACCUCCCUCUUCUGCGCUACUUCACCACCUCAAUUCCAUACACUCCUCAUGGAACCGAGCCCUCGCCAAACCGCACUUCGACCGCCAUCACCAACUUGACCUGACAUUUGCCGCAGUCUCAUUCUGACAUGACCACGACCUGUUCGACAUCCACAGCCAUGGCUGCCCCUCAUCCCUGCAACGGCCCUGACUCCAACAUGGUCCCCACCGUGUCUUCCCGUCGCCUAAAGAAAAGAGAGAUCGACCGUCGUUGUCAACGGCAGGCCAGGGAGAGGACCAAAAGUCGUAUUGCCUACCUUGAAGGCCUAGUUGAAGAUUUCAGACGACAGGAUUCCAGUGGCCAGGUUGCUACUCUGAUGAGACAGCUGCACGAAGUUGAAGCCGAAAGAGACACCAUGUCCAAAACCUUGAAGGACAUUCAAAAAGCCAUGGACAUCAUCAAACCCAUCAACUCCCACCUCCCUCCACCACCUAGAGACCUUCCCUUCCAUGACCAAGCCCACUCAUUCUACGAAGCCAUUGAGGAAGAAGAGGACCAGAAGCCUAGCAUCCAGUCCCUUUCUCGAGACCUGUCCUCCACCACCUCACAAACCACUCGCCUGGAUCAUCAGUCCGACUCGGGCGAGCCAUCGUAUUUUGAGCUGGCCAAUUUUGACCCGACUCCUCCAGCAACAGCUCAAUCUCCCGAAGCCAUGUUGCGCGUCGAAGACCAAAGCCCCCGGUCAACAAGUCAAACUGUCAAGUCCGUUACUGAACUCGAGAUAUUACCUUCCAAUUAUGCCAAUUCCUGGGCUCACUCCGGUCGCAAUUGUACAUGUAACCAGGGCCAUGGAGACGACCGUGUACCUGGUCAAAAGGCUGUAUGGCGGGGCAGCUAUUGGAGGUACGCUAAUGAAGUGUUGGGUGAACGUUUUGAGUGGAACGACCUUGUUCACCCAACUUCCGAUGCGAUCAGUCACGACGUCCCAGUACGCGCCAUCCUUGAAGGAUGGAAAUCCGUUGAAAAAAGAGGUCCUCUGCAUCCGACCUGGAAUGUCCUCAAACGCAUCGACCAGAUUCUAUUUCAUAGAUGUCCACCCGCUGAACGCCUCGCCAUUCUUCGAGCCAUGCACACUCUGCUACAAUUCCACUUGGAAACUUCAUCCGAGCGUUACUCUCGCCUGCCACCAUGGUACCUCCGAAGGCCAUCCCAAAAGAUCGCCCAUUCGUAUGCCAUCGACUUCUUUGCUUGGCCUGGUAUCCGCGAGCGCUUCAUCUUCGGCGAGCACGACUAUUGUGCCAACGAGUUCUGGGAUUUGUUUGCCACCAAUUUGCAUGUUAUGUGGCCCUAUGAGUUUCGCGAUUGCUACACCCGAGAAGUUGACACCGGUCUUUACAAGAUUUCUCCCCAGUUCGAACAACGACUUCGCGACAUCAAAUCCUGGACUAUGGGGCCCGAUAUGUUUGGACGAUUUCCUGAACUUCAAAAUGACAUGCCUGCUUUCAACACGAUCCCCCCAAACAUGGCCAACAAGCGGCCCUUGCGCAUGAUCGAAGCUUCACAAUCCCCAACACAGCCGCAGGAAGAAAAGAACGUCCAGAAGAAAAGGACUAAAUCGCAGGUCAAAUCUUCUUCACGAACCCAAAACCACAUCCCGGAGCAGGUUCAACGUCCUCAGACACAUCAGUACAACUUUCAACCUCCGCUCCAGCAGGUUACACAGCCGCCAAACUUGUUCCAAUUCAACUUUGGCGACUUUGCGCCAACAUCGACACUCGACGCAUUUGCUUGCGGUGCCAUCAACGAAGCAGACUUUGCUGCCAUGUAUCAUCCUGAAGACCUCGAAGGCUACCCAAACAUAACUUUUUGAUUCUAAAUGACAUGGCACAAAUAUCCCAGCACAACAAGAACUGUUGUGUUGUUACGCCCCAUUGUCUUGACGCCUGGUCUUCAAUACUGCAACGUCAGACACCUUCACGACUGAGCACAAACAAACGCAAUCGGCAUAUCCUGUUGUGUCAGAUGCCGCUUCUCCAACACCAUGGCUACCAAGGAUACAGUCACCGCUAAGGCUCCAGGCUGCCGAAUACAUCAAUAACUACUGCCUGUGGGUUGUAAUUGAGCACUCAAAGUUGGACACAGGAAAAUUCCUAUAUUCCAUUCAGCGCCAUUACAUACAUGUACCAAGGCAUGUGAGGGAUAUAAAAAGUGUUUGCAACCAAGUGAAGCCAUCGUUUGCCGUGGAGCCUGCUCGUUUGAAGAAAGUAGUGGUCGCAAAAGCAAACAGCCACACCCACCAAUUUCUCUCUCAUCUGAGACCACACGACACGGGUGUUAAAUCAAGGCCCUCACAAUGUCUUAUAAUCAGUGGGUAAGGUUUUGCGUUCCAACCGAUACCAUCCAGCUCGCACAACGACCAGCUAGCGGGCAUGUCAACUCAAAUUGACCACCAUCAUUCAAUUCGAUAUUUGAAUUGACAGCAACACUUGUUUCCGCCACAUAGUACCACAUGGCAGAAACAAGUCCCGAAAUUUGGGGCCCAGUUGUCGCUGUGAUCGUAAUAAUAGUGAUUUUCAUGGGCCUGUGUUGGAUGUAUCUCCGCGAUGAGACUAUGCCGGCGGCGGCAUUCGUCCAUUACCAACCAGUCAAGCGGCACGGCCAGCGACGACGACCAUCACAACGAGGAAGUCCAGCGUGGCAUUUGAACGACACAGAAAGCCCCCGCACGCCGAGGCUGCCACAACGACCUGAGCCGAUCUACAAUCCGCCGUUCAGAGAGCAGCCCGCGCGGCGGGGUAUUCGCACUGCAGACGGAGGUCCCUCAGCGUUCCCUUGCGGGAACAGACAGCGUGCAGGAUUGUUUGCAGGGCGGACGGGGCAAAUUGCGUUUCUGGAAAGAGAGGUGCAUGGAGGACGGUGGCAGGCGGUAGUUCUCGAACGACAGCCAGCAGGCCAUCCCGAGCCACGCCCGAGAGUCGAGUACGCAUUUCCUCGAGGACUAUGAGCCCGUCUAAAACCAUGCAUUGAUGCAUCACGGGCAAGCAUGUGGAGGUCAGGGAUGCACCGGAUGUCGCAUGGCGAGGACUCGAGGUGUGGAGGAGGAG